AUGCCGGAUUCAGCAUAUCUCUCCAACACCCAGACUCUCAAAAAGUACCUGAGCCUUGAGCAGUCGCCCAAGCGUGUCAUUGCUGAGUACAUCUGGAUCGAUGGCUCCAAUGGCAUGAGAUCCAAGUGCAAGACCAUUGACCGCUCCGACGAGCAAGUCGCCAAGGGUCGUGUCCAACUCGACGAGCUUCCAGAGUGGAACUUCGACGGUUCGUCAACAGGCCAGGCCCCUGGCAACAACUCGGAUGUCUACCUCCGCCCCGUUGCCGUCUUUGACGACCCCUUCCGUGGCAAGCCCAACGUCCUCGUCAUGUGUGAGACCUGGAUGUCUGAUGGCAAGCCCAAUGCCUUCAACUUCCGCCACGACGCUGCUCUUCUCAUGGACGCUCACGCCAAGGAGGGCUUCUGGUUCGGUCUCGAGCAGGAGUACACCCUUCUCGAUGUCGACGGCUGGCCAUUCGGCUGGCCCAAGAACGGUUUCCCCGCUCCCCAGGGUCCUUACUACUGCGGUGUCGGCACUGGCAGAGUCUUCUGCCGUGAUAUCGUUGAGGCUCACUACAUGGCUUGCUUCUACGCCGGUAUCAACAUCUCGGGUACCAAUGCCGAGGUUAUGCCCGCCCAGUGGGAGUACCAAGUCGGUCCUUGCAAGGGCAUUAACCUUGGUGAUGAGCUCUGGGUGUCCCGUUUCAUCCUUCACCGUGUUGCUGAGGACUUUGGUGUCAAGGUCACUCUCGCCUCCAAGCCCAUUCCUGGUGACUGGAACGGUGCUGGUCUCCACACCAACGUCUCAACGGAGGCUAUGCGUCAGGAGGGCGGUUUGAAGGUGAUUGAGGAGGCCAUGGAGAAGCUGGCCAAGCGUCACAAGGAGCACAUGGAUGUCUACGGUACCGACAACGCCCUCCGCAUGACCGGCAAGCACGAGACAGCAUCGAUGGAUAAGUUCACCUGGGGUGUUGCCGACCGCGGAUCAAGUGUUCGUGUCAACCGCGCCGUUGCCGAGCAGGGCAAGGGUUACUUCGAGGACCGCAGACCAGCCUCGAGUGCCGACCCUUACCAGAUCACUGGUAUCAUCGUCGAGACCCUUUGUGGCAAGGUCGAUGGCGCCAACGUGCACAAGACAGCCGUCAACGCCGACAACGUCGAGCUUGACAUGGUUGUACCCAUUUCCAAGCCCUAA